UCGUCUCCCAGGUCAUAAGCUCUCCGCACGUCGACCUCGAUCGAUCGUGGGACUAGCGACGUACCGCCAUGGCACAACGCGCUCUGCCUCUGCUCCUCCUCCUGGCCGCCGUCGUGGUGGUCGUCGCCGCAGCGCCGGCCCAGGGUGAGUUCAUCGAGCUCGGCUCGAGGCGGUGGCUGCAGGAGAUGGGCGCCGUGGCACCGGCCGAGGGCCCCGCCGCGGCCGACUCAGGCCUGGGGUACAUCAGCUACGGCGCCCUGUCCGCCAACACCGUGCCGUGCUCGGAGCGCGGCCUGUCCUACUACAACUGCCAACCCGGCGGGGAGGUCAACCCCUACACUCGCGGCUGCUCCGCCAUCGCGCUGUGCCGCGGCUGAUCGGCCCGCCCUUCCUUGCCUCUAGCUUCUGGCGUUUCCUCCAGCCACUGAAUUGCUUCUCUUUUCUUGCCAUUCUUUUUUGUUUUCUUCCGUUUUGCCGUAAUUCUUUGCUGCCGUCGUCGUCGAUUGUUGAGUUGCGAUGUAUACUAUACAUGUAUGAUAUAUGAUUGAUACUGCUUAAUUACGAACAUUCACCUCA